UUUCAUAGUGCUAUAGUCGUGGGGUGAGGCCAUCAUCGCUCAGCUGUCAUCUGUCAACGACAUCUCCUUCCCUGAUCACUCCUGCAUCCACUCAUUCAGACAAUAUAGUAUAUCCACGGCAGGAAAAACAACAACAACACGAUGUUCCACAAACUCACGCUCCUCGCCGUCACCCUCCUGGUUACCAUCCAGUCGGUGGCAGCUUUCAACGUGGUCGUGCCUGCCCAGGAGCGCCGAUGCUUCUUUGAGGUCCUUGAGAAGGGCGACAACCUCCACGUUUCGUUCCAAGUCGGCGAAGGUGGUCAUCUCGACAUUGAUUUCUGGAUGACUGACCCCGAUGGUACCCUUGUCGAGGAUGCGACUAAGUCCGCCUCGGCUACGUACAACCAUGAGGCCAAGGUCAGCGGCAAGCACGAGUACUGCUUCAGCAAUCAAUUCUCGACUGUCACCGAAAAGACUGUUGGAUUCAAUGUUCUGGUUAUGAAGCCCUACAAGGAGGACCCAACGCACAAGAUUGAUCCUUUGGAGAACGAGAUCCGCGAGUUGGCUGCCGGUAUUCAGGAGAUCAGGAACGAGCAGGAGUACACCUUGGCCCGUGAGAGAACGCAUCGUAACACUGCUGAGAGCACAAACUCGCGUGUUGUGUGGUGGUCGCUCUUCCAGUCUGGCAUUCUUUUCCUUGUCUGCGUUUUCCAAAUCACGUACCUCAAGCGAUUCUUUGAGGUCAAGCGGGUUGUCUAGAUAUAGCGGCUUUUAUUCUGUUACUUGCUUUCAAUAUCCUUCAUAUCGCUGUCGGACACGCUCUUUCUACCUCGCUGUCCAUCCAUGGUCGUCUCACCUACAUAAACGUAAUCAAACCCAGAUCUGUUCCUCUCUAUGCAGUGGUAUGAACUGGCCCCCAAUAAUUUGCUCGCAUGAACGAGCUGCAAUUGCCUGUGAGAGCGCUGAAACGGG